AUGGCGAGCUGCUUUGGCGAAGACAAGAACGAGGUCCUCGACCAGUUCGCAUGCGAUCCCAGCGGCAAAAUCAAGAGCUGUUGCUCCCGUGGAGAUAGCUGCGCAACCAACGGGCUCUGCGUGUCCUCAAACAAGGAUGCUUUGACUAAAUACUUCAUUAAUUCCUGCACGGACGAGAACUGGGAUGAUCCAACCUGUAUCAAGGAAUGUCAAGGCAACGGAAACGGAGUUGUGGCUUGUGGAACGGGCAAGUUUUGCUGCUACGGCUUCGGAGGCUGCGACUGCAACAAUUCAACACAGGUCUUUACCUUGGAUCCUGUCAAGGUCCUUACGACUAUUCCUUCAGACGCGACAAAAGUCGAUGAAGCGACAUCAGCCAUCAGCGACGCUACCUCAGCAACAGGCAGCUCAACAAGCUCUACAGUCACACACACAAACACAUCCGCCGCCGAGACCACGUCCUCGAGCAGCGAAGGAAGCAGCAGCAACAACGCGUUGCCUAUCGGUCUAGGAGUGGGAAUUGGAGCAGGCGUCGUGCUGAUCGGACUCGGAGUCGGAUUCUGGCUAUGGAGAAGAAAGAAGAGCCGUGCCUCUCAACCAGCCGCUGUAUCAGACGAUUACAUGCACAAGCCUCCCGCGGAAAACCACAAUACCCCGAAUUACGGCCACUACCAACCCGUGAAGCCUGUUGAGAUGAGCGCGAAUACAGACCGGGUUGAGCUACCAUAA